AUGUCGGACAAUGAAAGAGAAGAGAAGGAGUUGGAUCUCUCCUCUCCUAAAGUUGUCACCAAAUACAAGAGCGUUGCUGAGAUCAUUAACAAGGCUUUGCAACUAGUACUGUCAGAAUACAAACCAAAGGCUAAGAUUGUUGAUAUUUGUGAGAAAGGCGAUUCAUUUAUCAAACAUCAAUCUAGGAAUAUGUACAAGAAUGUCAAGAAGAAGAUUGAAAGAGGGGUUGCAUUCCCCACUUGUGUUUCUGUGAACAACACUCUUUGUCAUUUCUCUCCACUUGAUAUGGUGAAGAUUGACAUUGGGUGUCACAUAGAUGGUUUCAUUGCUGUUGUAGCACACACCCAUGUCCUUCAGGGAGGACCAGUGACUGGUAGCCAAGCUGAUGUUAUUGCCGCAGCAAAUACUAUAGCAGAGGUUGCCUUGAGGCUAGUAAGGUCGGGAAGAAAGAAUAAAGAUGUAACAGAAGCAAUUCGGAAGGUUGCUGCUGCCUAUGACUGCAAAAUCGUUGAAGGUGUCCUUAGUAACCAGCUGAAGCAGUUUGUGAUUGAUGGAAACAAGGUUGUAUUAAGUGUCUUGAGUCUUGAGACUAGAGUUGAUGAUGCAGAAUUUGAGGAGAAUGAAGUUUCUUAG